UUAUUGUUGUUAUUAAAAACAGUUGUUAAUGAACUUUUGAUACGAAAGUAUGAAAUAUUUCGUGUGUUUUGUCAUAUUUUUGGUUUACAAUGAAACAAGAUGUCUUUGUCAAAGACCCACUGGAAUACAAGAAGUGUUUAAAUGGAAACAAAUAGCAUACGAUUUUGAUGGAGUUAUUUAUAAUUCGAGCACAGAUUACGAGUUAUCAGCUACAAAAAAAGACAAUAUCACAGAUGCUGACAAAUUCUUUAUACAGUACAACAAUGUACCAAUUGGUAUGGAAGUUUAUAGGGAUAAGGUGUUCGUUACUGUACCGAGAAGAAGACAUGGUAUACCCUCAACUCUAAAUUAUGUUAAAAGAUCAGGUAACAAAUCUCCAGCUCUUAAACCAUAUCCUGAUACGAAGAGUAGGAAUAAAUUUAUUUCUGUAUAUCGACCGAGAGUUGAUGUGUGUGGAAGACUGUGGAUGCUUGAUACUGGCCAUUUGGAAGUACCAGGUGAAAGGAAACAAAUUCAACCACCAGCUAUCAUUGUGUACGAUUUAAAGACAGACCAGCAAUUAUUUAGAUACGAAUUGAAAUCAACUGAUUUGGUCAACGAAAGGUCAUCUGCAGGUCUAACAUCAAUAACAGUUGAUGUAGACAAGAAAUCAUGUAAUGAUGCCUACGCCUAUAUUAAUGAUUUAGCCACCGAAGGUAUGGUAGUGUUCUCUCUCAAAAGUAUGGACAGCUGGAGAUUUAGUCAUAGAAGCUUUGUCCACGAUGAUAGGGCUAUGAAUUUCACAGCUGCAGGGUACGUGAUCAACUGGAAAGAUGGAUUGUUCAGUAUUACUCUGACUGAUCCUGAUGUCAACGGCAAAAGGAAAGCGAUCUACCAUCCACUUGUGUCUACAGAAGAGUUUGCUAUAGAUACUGAAUUCCUUAAAGACAACAAGACAUUUCUGGGGCAUAAUACUUACAUCGGUGAGCGUGGUAAUAAUACUCAAAGCGGUUCUCACGACUACCACGCUCCGUCCAGAAUAAUAUUUUACGCUAAUGUCGCACAAGACGCCAUCUUGUGUUGGAAUAUUGAUACAGAAAUGAAUCCAGCAAAUGUUGCCAUCGUCGCACAAGAUCACAACAAACUUGCAUAUAUUUCUGAUUUGAAAGUUAUCGACGAUGAAGUAUAUGUCUUGGUGAAUCAAAUACCUAAGUUUAUUUACUCAAGGUUUGACACUAACGAGUACAACUAUUUCAUACACAGGUACAGAGUUUUUGAUUUAAUACUUGGCACCGCAUGUGACAAGGCAGCGCCUUAAUUUUUUUUUUUAAUUAAAGUUUG